AUGGCAGUUCGUCUCCUGUAUUUAUGCUUGGCUUUAAACCAACUUGUUCCACCUUCGACCGCUCGUUUCAAAACUGUGCCGUUUAUUAUCCGCAAGCCACAGACAUCGCUUACUGGGGGAGAUCACGCAUCGCGUCUCCACAGCGACUGUAAAGAAGACAACUGUCACGAUUUUGUUCGAUGGCUUCCUCAGGAGCUUGUACUGCGGAUAUUCAGCUACCUUCGACCUGAAUGUCUGAUGCGCGCAUCGCGGGUGAACAGAGCCUGGCACCGGGCCGCUCAUCACCCUCAACUCUUCCGACGCCUCUGUCUCAGUCCGGAGUGGUCGCUGCCCAAUCUCGACGCCGACUUCCCGCCUCCCCUUGAAUGUCGCGAUGCGAAUUUCUUCUUCCCCAACCUCAGCCCCACCACCGCGACAACCACCCCCACCAUCUCCUCCACGAAGCACUCUGAAACCGAGACAUCCCCCCAAUCCAAAGCCGACCGCAGAAGUGCCUUCUUUGGCGGUGCUAGCAUCGAAAGCCCACCCUCGGAAGACGUUGACUGGUACCAGAGGUUCAAGUGGCGUUAUCAAGUACGGAAGAAUUGGCAACGAGGCAAGCACAGAAUUCGCCGCUUCGUUGGCCACACCGGAGCUGUGCACUGCCUGGCGUACGACGCCUACCGCAUCGUCAGCGGUUCCGCCGACUCGACGAUCUGCGUGUGGAAGGUCUGCUCGAACGCCAAUUGGCUGGCGCAGACGCUGCGCGGCCACUCGGGCGCCGUGCGCUGCGUGGAGCUGCUGCCGCUGCCGCCCGCCCUGGCCAAUCCCAACCUCGUGUCGACGCCGCGUUCCUCGCCCAGCGUCUGGGAACCCCCCGAGGCCCUCCUCAUCUCGGGGUCCGUCGACACGACCCUCAAGUUGUGGCGCCUCUCCUCCACUUUCGAGUGGUCGCGCAUCACCUGCAUCAGCACCCUCCAGGGCCACUUCGACACUGUGCGGUGUGUCCAGGCAGACUCUGAGAAGGCGGUGAGCGGAUCCUACGACUGCACACUUCGGCUGUGGGACCUUGCUUCCAGCCGUCAGAAGGUGAUAUUUCGAGGUCAUACCGCUGGUGUUGUCUGUCUCACCUACGAUGACACCCUCCUCUACUCCGGAUCCCUCGAUAACACCGUUCGGGUGUGGAAUCUGUCCACAGCGGUGUGCUACCACACAAUCGUUCGACCCGGCGCCAAUCCGAGCGCCGAGUCGUGGACGACGCCGGUGACUAGUCUGCACCUCGACGCCCAACGCCGACGUCUGUUCGUGGCCCACCACGACGGACAGAUCUGCGUGUGGCAGAUCCCCACCUCGCAGCCGGCCACCGACGCUGAUGUCGACUUCGCGCUGCCCAAGCUCGUGGAACAACUCCGCGUGGAGGCGGCGAACACCCAGUCGACGGGCGCGGUCAUCCGGUGUCUGGCUGGAGACGGAUGGCACCUCCUGUGUGGCUGCGACGAUCAGACCAUCAAGAUCUGGCGCACGGACACAAACACUCCGAUUGGUUGUCUUCGAGGUCACGAGGAUGGAGUCACGUGCCUACUCAUAUACGGAUCUGUGGUUAUCUCAGGCUCCUACGACAAGAACAUCAUCCUCUACGACUUCGAUGUUAGCUAG